GGCAACCCCGCGGCUCUCGACUUCCGCGGCCUCAGUGUGCAUCGAGACGUGAGGGAGGGAAGGUGUGCUGCUCCCGGCGUGUGUCAGUGUAUGUGUGUGUGUGCGUGAGCGUGUGUGUGUACGUCAAGGCAGGUGGAAACGCACACGGCAAGGACUAAAACACCUGGAUCCACACCUUUAAUUAGAGGAGACCUUACCUGUCCACGUGUCAUCUCAGGGAUGUGAGGGGAAAGGACUCUCACCCGACUACCUCAGAGGGAAGGAGGAGGAGGAGGAGGAAGACCGAGGGAUAGCCAACUACCUCUGCGUGAAGGAGAAGGAGGAAGAGAGAGACAGAGAGGACAUAGGAGAAGAAGAGGAGGAGGAGGAGGAAGAGGAAGAAAAAACGAAACGAAAGAACACAACGAACCACCAAGAAGACAAGAGGAAGAAGGAGGAAGGAAGAGACAAAAAAAAUAACGAAGAAGAAGAAACAGGAAGACAAAGAGUACAAGGAAGAACGAGAACGAGGAAGAGAACAAACAACUAACCAAAGGAAGAAGAGGAAGAAGAAGAAGGAGUCGGAAGAGGAGGGCCGCAGAAGAGACACACCACACACGCCCUUCCACAGCCUACGUAAAGGGCCCGUCGUGGCGCAGAGAGAGAGACCAGCAGCUCCCCUCACACCACCAUGGGAGAGGUGACCCUUGACCCCGCCUCCCUGGCCAGCUCCUACAGUGACAGUGGCUUCAGCUCUUCACAGGCGUCCAUCAGCAGUGACCUGGACGGCUCCGCGGCGGGGCUGGGGUCGUCGCGGGCGGACCUGGUGGCGGCGGAGGGGGAGGAGGAGGCGGGCAGCUGCGGGUGGCUGUGCCUGCGGCCACGCUGGUUGCAGCACGCCCGCACCUCCAAGUGGGUGCUCUUCUGGCUGUGCUGGGCCGCCGCCGCGCAGGGUAUGGUCGUCAAUGGGUUCGUCAAUGUCUGCAUCACGACCAUAGAGAAGAGAUUUAACCUGCGCUCCACCGAUGCAGGUCUCAUCGCGGGGGCAUAUGACUUUGCCUUCCUCCUAUGCUCCAUGCCAGUGUCCUACCUCGGGUCACGGGCGGGGAGCUGCAAGCCGCGAUGGCUGGGCUGGGGCAUCUUCAUAAUGGGUGCUGGGUCCUUCCUCUUUGCCCUGCCCCACUUCCUCGUGCCCUCCUACAUCCCCAGCAGCAGCAACGCAUCCUCCAUCCUCUAUUGCCUGCGCCAGGGCACGAGAGAGAACCAGUGCGGGGUGUUGGUGGAGAACUGGCUGUCCUCGUACAGACACAUCUUUGUGCUGGGACAGUUCCUGCACGGCGUGGGGGCGUCGCCGCUCUACACCCUGGGCAUCACCUACCUCGAUGAGUCCGUACCUGUCAAGAUGUCCUCAGUCUACCUGGGCAUCUUCUACGCCAUGGCUGUAGUGGGUCCGGCCGCUGGGUAUGUGUUGGGUGGACAGUUCCUCCGUGUGUACAUCAACGCCCCCAAAGUGCUGCCCGACAGGUAUGGGUUGGAGGCGAGCAGCGACCUGUGGCUGGGCGGGUGGUGGAUCGGGUUCCUGCUGUCCGGGUCACUCUGCAUGUUGAUCUCCUGGCCUAUCAUGGCAUUCCCCGCGCAGCUGCCGGGCGCAAAAGCAAUCAAGGCAUCACGAGUCUCCGAGGCCUAUGGAUCUACAGCAGGUGCAGGAGGAGGAGGAGGAGGAGGAGGCGGAGGAGGAAGGGACAUCACGGCAGCAGGAGCAGGAGGUGGUGGGGCGGCAGGGUUCGGCAAGCUGCGGGACCUGCCGAAAGCCGUGAAGGUCCUGGCGCUUAACCCGACCUUCCUGGCCCUCUCCCUCGCCGGCGCCACGGAGGGGAUUCUCUUGGCAGGGUUCGCGACCUUUACGCCGAAGUUCCUGGAGAAUCAGUUUAGCAUGGCGGCCAGUCUCGCGGCGCUGAUUGUAGGAUUUGUGGUUGUCCCGGCGGGUGGAGGCGGAACGCUGCUGGGUGGGUGGAUCAUCAAGCGGCUCCACCUCUCCUGUUCCGGCAUCCUCAAAAUGUGCAUCAUCUUCUCUGUGGUGUGCGUCCUCUCCUGCCUCACCUUCGUCAUCUCCUGCCCCAACAUCGACUUUGCCGGCGUCAAUGUGGAGUACGGGAAUAGGUCGACGUCACCCUCCGCGCCGAGCCUCAUCGCGUCCUGUAACCAGCAGUGUGGGUGUCAGGACGUUGCCUAUAGCCCUGUCUGUGGCGCCAACAACGUCAUGUAUUUCUCCCCGUGUCACGCCGGCUGCUCGAGCAUGGUGGAGGGGCAGGAUGGGGUCAAGGUGUUCCAGGAGUGCAGGUGUGUGGCCCCGAGCAGCCCCACCGCCCCGCCUGGUGACCCCCGCCUCGCCCCAGACUCAGCGCUUCGUGAGAAAUGCCCCGCCACCUGCCUCCUCAUGCCUGUCUUCCUCGCCAUCUUCUUUGUGACGAUGCUCCUCACCUUCAUCAUCAGUCUCCCGGCACUCUCGGGCACGCUCAGAUGUGUCCCGGACUCUCACCGAUCCUUCGCGCUGGGGCUGCAGUGGAUAGUGAUUAGGUUACUUGGCACUAUUCCCGGGCCUAUCCUUUUCGGCGUCCUCUUUGACCACACCUGCAUCCUCUGGCAGUCCACUUGUGGGAGGGGAGGCGCCUGCAGGAGCUACGACAACUUCCACAUGAGCAGGUACAUGAUGGCAAUUUCCGUCCUCUUCAAAUUCCUCUCCACCAUUCUCUUCAUCAUCGCCUGGUGGAUGUACAAGGCGCCCCCCACCUCCUCCGACGCCCUACCAGACCCCCCGCUGACCCUCCCCAUCCCCCACUCCUCCCCCGCUACCACCCCGCCCAUCACCCCGAAGCGGAAAGGGUUCAGGGGCGGAAGGGAGCUAAGGGGGGUGGACAACAUGGGUGCAGAACUUACCUGAAUAGAUUGUAAUAGAUAGAUAGACAGGUUAGGUAAUAGAUAUGGUAGAUUAGGUGAUAGAGUAAUAGAGGAAUGAAUACGAGUGAGGGGGAGGUUCAGGCGUUUAUAGAUCGGGUGUUAUUCUAUUUUUUUUUUUUAUAAUGGGUUGUGAUGAUUUUUUUUUUUUUUGUAUAGAUAU